UUAGGCGUUGCAGAAGGUCAACAGAACACUUCCUUGUUCGCUCGACGUCGUUUCGUGUUUGUUAAAAUAUUAAUUUAGACGCAAAGUUUCCUUAAAGCCUAAACGCUGUUUUCACGUUAGCCGUUAGCUUCGCGUCCUCAGUAGAAGAAGAAGCUGGAAUCCAACAUGGAGGACAUGUACGUGACAGCAGGUAACCAGGAGCGGGGGUGGAACGACCCCCCUCAGUUCUCCUAUGGCCUUCAGACAGCCCGCCCCCCCCCAAGGAACCUUCUGAACAAGAGAGCAGCGCCACCUGCAGGUGCAGGAGCUCCACCCCCUUUGUAUUCCUCGAACAACCCUCUGGCUCCAACUCAGUGUGGCUUAGCCCCGCCCCCUCUGCACAAAGCUGGUCCUCCACCUGGCUGCGUGGCACCGCCCCUUCCUCCGUCAGGACCAAUGAUGACCCCGAAAGAGGCAGGCAGGAGCCAAUCAGAGAGCGUGCCUGAUGUGGAAGCAGUGGUGCUGGUGUUGAAGCGAGCGCUGGCCGCCUGCCGACAGACCAUCGGAGAUCAGGUGUGUAAUGAUGUGGACAAAAGGCUCCGCCUUCUGGAGGAUGGCUGGAGAUCAGGUCAGCUGAGUGUUCCUGUCAAGAGACGCAUGGACGCCCUGUCUCAAGAGUUGCAGUCGGGUCACUGGGACGCAGCUGAUGAGAUCCAUCGCUCUCUGAUGGUCGAUCAUGUGACUGAGGUCAUUCCGUGGAUGGUUGGCGUUAAACGACUUAUCGCUGAGACGCGAAAUCUGAGUCCAGAACUCCUACAACUUCUUCAUCACCCUGCAGAGCCAGUCCAGGAGCCUGUCUCCCAGUCCUGACUCAGCAGCAGGUUUCCUUCGUCUCUUGACUCGGGCCCUUUGAACCAUCUCAGGACCUGGUGGCAACAAUCCUCACAUUCACACUUCAGGUUCAAAGCUCAAACCACAGGGAAGGAGGAGGUUCAGCAGUUUGCUCAAGGGAACUUCAACGAGGAUGGAUGUAUUGUUCAAAAACCCUUCUGUUCUGGACUCUGCAAUUUGGAUCAUGAACAUCUGGAUUCUGGAUUUUAGACUAUUAUUGGUGUCUGGACCACAGACUGCUAAUAAAAACAGAUGUAGACUCCAGGUCCAGGGAGUGAAGCCGAUGCUGAAGUGUCUGAAGCCUGUCGUCUGUGUAGUGACCAGCAGGGGGCGACUCCUCUGGUGGUUUCCAUAGAAAGUGACUUCUCUCUUUCUAACGUCAGUAAACAAUCAGGAGUCUCAGUCUCUAGUUUCACGUCUUCUUCAAACAGCUGAUGUUCAUUUAGUGAAUUAUGAUCAUUUAGAGUCAAACAGACCAUAAAGCACUGGAUGUGUUGGGGGGGGGGGGGGGAUACCACAGUGUGAUUGACAGCUGGUACCAUCCAAUGGGUGCAGGUGUAGGGCGUGCAGUGUCCUUGAGCUUUCAGUCAGGCUCCACCCCCUCCUCCAAAUAUGGUCACUUCUAAAGGUGCUCGGGUUGAACGGCUAGCGAUCGCUAUCGGCCGAUAUUCCUUCUUAUUAGUUUUAUCAGCGAUCUCUCUAAACGCGGAUCAGAGGAGGAUCAGAUGAAAAUAAACAAACGGCUCAUUCUCAACAGAGAUGAGAGGGAACUCAAGACUUUAAACUUAAGACUUUAAACUUUAGACUCAAGGGGCUUUGAUUGGCUUUGAUUGGUAUCGACAGCUGUUUCCUGUGUGAGCUGCUGUUCUCUGAUCAUGUUUCCUGAUUGUUUCUCCGAUUUACUUUGAAAUGUCCACGACUUCUUCAUGAUUCAGUUCUUAGAAAAUAAAUCCAUAUUCAUUGCUCUCUAUUCCUCUGUUUGCUGGUAUCCAAAUAAACGUUGUCACGAUAUUCUCAAAUACCUCAAUAAAUCUUAUUAAGGAUGAAAA